GUUUAUGAAGAUAUUAGGGAGAUCUCAAAACCCUAACUAACGUAUCUUCUUCUUUAUCACCUUUCAAUUAAAAUACCAAAAAGAAGAUCAAAAUAUAUCCAUUAGAGCAUAAUUAGUUCAAUGGACAAUAAUUAUCUUUGGGAGAUCUUCACUGAUAACAAACAAAAUAUUAGUGAAGAUCAUGUUGAUCAUAACCACCACCUACUUCAGAUUCAGAUUCCUACUUUCCAAUUAAAUGGAUUUUCCCAACAAGAUAAUCAAGAUCUCAUAGAGGAUCAUGUUGGUUCGUCAAUUAUUACGUCUCAGUUCCAAACAAGUUGUGAUCAGCCGUAUAAAUCUUCAACCGUCAGCACAAAUACUUCAAUUAUUAUGCCUCAGUUUCAGAGAAGUAGUGAUUAUUUAUGUAAAUCUUUGAUUAGUACGAAAAGUACUUCAAUUAUUACGCCUCAGUCCCACACAAGUUAUGAUCGGCUGUAUAAAUCUUCAGUAAAUAGAAGUAGUACAUCAAUUAUUAUGCCUGGUCAACUCCAGACAAGUUGUUGUGAUCGACUAUAUAAAUCUUUUACUAAGGAGGGGUUAAGAAGUCAAGAUGAAUCAAAUAAGCUCAAGAAAGCUGUGCAUAGAAAUAUUGAAAGGCAUAGAAGGCAAGAAAUGGCAAAUCUUGUUACUUCUCUCAGAUCUCUAAUUCCCAUUGAGUUCAUCAAGGGUAAACGUUCAGCAUCAGAUCAUAUGCAUGCAGCCGUGAAUUAUAUAAAGUAUCUUCAGAAGAAUAUACAAGAGUUGGAUAAUACAAGAAAAUGUAUUAUUUCAUUGGAUAAUCAAAAUAAAAGUUCAACAAUUGUUGAUAUUUUUCAACAAAAUAAUAAUUGUGUCACAGUGAAUAAAUGUGAAGAUGGUAUGGAAAUUCUGAUUAAUGUCAAUAAUAGCAAUAAAGAGGAUAUAUUUUCUUUAUCCAAAGUGUUGAGAUGGCUACUUAAACAAGGGCUAAAUGUGGUUAGUUGUGAUAAUUCCAAAAAAGAUGAAAGGACUUUGAUCAGGAUCCAAUGUCAGGUGAGUGAUAUAUCAUCAGGUCUCACUGUAGUUGGGUUGCAAAAGAAACUGACUGAUGUGAUUAAUUAAAAAAAGGUGGAUUCAAAAUUUAAAUUUGCUAUCGCGACUUGGUGGAUUAUAGAGCCAGGGUAAGGACAAAUGGGUGUACGAGCCUCGACUGUACCAACAUUGAUGAAAAAAACAAAAACUUAACCCCGUUGCAUCUUUAGCCUAUGUAGGAUUUAAGAUUAAGUCCAAGAUUCAAGUCAAAUGAACCUUCUUCCUCAUCUCAGGGUUUGUUUCAAAUGUUUGUUGUUCAAUAUCUCAGUACUCAAAAAGUUUAACUAGUUUCUCUUCCGACCUAGACUAUUCUCGAACUUAAAAAGGGUAUAGCUGUGGAUAUAUAUCAUGUACCAUUAGAGACAACUCUGUAGUUUAAACCAAAGGUCAACAAUUUAUAAUAGGAUCAAGUUUUUUCAAUAAAUU